AUGGCGGAGUCCACCCACGAUCACCUCUUCAAGCUGCUCAUCAUCGGCGACUCGGGAGUUGGGAAGUCCUCCAUCCUGCUCCGCUUCUGCGACGAUGAGUUCAACGAGAAGCAGGCGUCCACCAUUGGCGUCGAUUUCAAGACCAAGUUCUUACAAGUCAGGGGCAAGAAGCUCAAGCUUGCGCUUUGGGACACUGCAGGGCAGGAGCGCUUCCGAACCCUCACUUCCUCGUACUAUCGAGGAGCCCAGGGAAUCAUCCUUUGCUACGACUGCACCCAACGGAGUAGCUUCGAGCACGUGAAGUUCUGGCAGGACGAGGUCAGGAAGUACUCCACCAACCAGGACGCCAUCUUAAUGCUCGUCUCAAACAAGGUCGACCUGGCUGACCAGCAGGUAACCCGAACUGAGGGCGAGGAGUUCGCAUUUGCCAACUCGAUGAUGUUCAUUGAGACUAGCGCUAAAACCAGGCCAGUGCAGAUUCAUGUUCAGCGCAAGCAGCGACCUUCGAGCAUGAGCUGCGAGUCGAUUUCGAAGCGUUUUUGGCUGGAGCCGUGCAUAAGCCAAGGGCGGCAGCAUAGGUGUUCAUGCAACAUGCACCAACGCAAGUUCUUUGCUUCACAGACAGAAGAAAAAAGUCGUUUCAUGCUGGCUCGACGGGCACUGGUGAGUGCAAUGGCCACAGCCUCUUGGCAGAAGACAGUAAGAGUCGAUGGAUGGUUUGAGACAGAGGCCGUCCAUGUCCGCGUGUCAAGCUUCUAUGACUUUCUGUUGCGGGCAUCUGGCAGGGCUCUUCUUCCUCUGUUCUUCCAAAGAAUCAGGUCCUGGCGCUCUUGGCGAAGCCUCCGGCCAUCUGCCAUCCUCGCGUGUUCCCCGCUGUCCGGCGUUUCGGAGGCUCCGGAGGCUCCUGGGCCUGGGCAGAACUUUUUGGCAUUGCGGCAUGGCGGGCGCCUCUCAGGAAAGCCUGCGGAAAGGGCCCCAAUCUUCCUGGUACGCCACGGACAGUCCACCUGGAACCUUGCAGCCAAACGACUCGACCUUUGGACGAUGUUCCGCCAGGUGGACCAUGCCUUGACUGCCGAGGGUGUCGAACAGGCUUCCAGGCUGAGGUCCUCAACACAAACUGCCCGACGUAAUGGAGACAUUGAUGCAGAGCAGUUUCUGUCUCCCCAAAGCCUGGUCUUUGCAUCGCCGCUGUCCCGUGCUGUGGCCACAAGCAUCGUGGCGCUGGGCUUGGAGAGGAAGAUCACUCUGUUACCGGACGCGAGGGAGCUGGCAUAUCCGUGGUGCGGGCCGGAUUCGAUCGGCGCAGCUACUGGGGGCGACAUCGCCGAGAGGGCGCUUCAAGAUCUUUCUAAGGUGGAUUCUGCAUAUUCCCAACCACCGAUGGCCGAGGAGGCAGUGAAGAUGAUUGACGCAUCGGCAGCCACUGGCAUUUGGUGGAGCCGCUUCCGGGAGUCCAAGGGCCAGAUGCAGCAGAGGCUCCAAAGCUUGUUGAGCAGACUUCGGCCCGCCGACAGUCCUUCACCGGCCAGUAUAUUGGUGUGCCACAGCUUGUUGAUUCAGCGUCUUUUCAAAGACUUUGCAUCACUGCAGAUGGAGGCGGACAUGCCAGAAUUGCUCUCGCAGCUGCGGGCAAGUAAACUGCAGAACUGCGGCGUGGUGAAAGUCUUGCUCGACGACAACAAACUUGCAUCACGUCUUGAGCCGCGUCGCUCCCAUGUGGCACAGUUACGGUAUUCACCGGUGCUCGACGGCACCGCCAUAUUGACGUGCCAAGACGAAGCCAGCUUCAAGGACCUGCAGCGACUGUUGACUGCAAACGGCCUCCAACUUCCGAAGCACUUCAGUGCAGCUUCUGGCAUCUGCCCGAAACGCUCUGUGAGAAGCGGAUGGAAGGGAUCAUUCUGCUGCCACGAUGUGUCUCCGACAGCGUCCUUCGGCCUUCCACCCCUGGACCUGCAAUGGCAGCGGCUGCAGCUGUGGAAAAGUGUUGCGUUUUGGCACGUCUUGGCCAUUGCAGGGAUGCAAGGGAUCAAAACUGCUUUUGAAGAAGUGGUCUUCAAAAUCCUGGACACGCCAUCGCUCUUGCAGAGCACACAGCCCCUGGGGACUCGCCAGGUGGAUGCGCAGAACCAUCGCCAGGCGUCGCAAGAAGGAUGUGCCUGCUGA